AUGAAUUCAGAAUCGCAGAUCAAGAAAAGGACGUUGCCACCAAGGGUGUUGUCGUCUCUUGAUGCAGCUAGAAUACAAUGGUACCACUUCAAAGCGAUCAUAAUAGCAGGAAUGGGACUAUUCACCGACGCUUACGACCUCUUCUGUAUCGCACCGAUCAUGAAAAUGAUAAGCCAUAUUUAUUACCACGGUGACUCCAUCAGCACACCAGUUCUCUCCAUCUCUUACGCCAUCGCUCUUCUCGGGACAGCAACGGGUCAACUCGUGUUCGGUUACCUCGGCGACCGAGUUGGUCGUCGCCGAGUCUACGGGCUUUGUCUGAUCAUCAUGAUCCUAAGCUCCUUUGGCUGUGGCUUUUCCGUGUGCACCAGUCGUAGGUCUUGCGUUAUGGUCAGCCUCGGUUUCUUUCGGUUUAUUCUGGGUUUGGGUAUCGGUGGUGAUUACCCACUCUCGGCUACCAUCAUGUCGGAGUUUUCUAAUAAGAGGACACGUGGCGCCUUUAUAGCUGCCGUGUUCUCCAUGCAAGGGUCGGGGAUUCUUGUGAGCUCAGCCGUGACGAUGGCUGUUUGCGUGGCGUUCAAAAACUUUGGCGGUGGUUCGAAGGCUGAUGGGGAGGCUCCGGUUGUAGCUGACGUGGCGUGGAGGCUGAUACUUAUGAUCGGUGCUCUUCCUGCUGCACUGACCUUAUACUGGCGAAUGUUGAUGCCGGAAACCGCAAGAUACACAGCACUUGUGGAAAACAAUAUCGUCCAAGCAGCAAAAGAAAUGCAAAAAGUCAUGUCAAUAUCUAAUAUCUCCGACGAAACAACGACGGAGCCACCUUCUCCUUCACCACCGCCUACCUACAAACUCUUCUCCAUUCGCUUCCUCCGCCUCCACGGCCGUGACCUCUUUGCCGCAUCAGCUAACUGGUUCCUAGUAGACGUCGUCUUCUACACAAGCAACUUCCUCCUCUCCCAUAUUUUCAGUAGCUACUCCCAUAAACCUUCUUCCUCCGCCACCACAAACGUCUACGACGCAACCUUCGAAGUGGCGAAACUAGGAUCCAUCGUCGCCGCUUGCUCCACCAUUCCCGGUUACUGGUUCACAGUUUUCUUCAUCGACAAGGUAGGUCGUGUCAAGAUCCAGAUUAUGGGGUUUUUCUUCAUGGCCGUUAUUUUUUUGGCCGCUGGGAUUCCGUACGGUUGGUAUUGGUCAAAGCAUGAGCAGACAAAGAAAGGCUUUAUGGUGCUCUACGGUUUGGUUUUCUUCUUUUGUAACUUUGGUCCCAACACUACAACUUUUAUCAUUCCCGCGGAGCUUUUCCCGGCUAGGUUUAGGUCGACUUGCCACGGGAUAUCCGGAGCCGCGGGUAAGCUUGGGGCUAUUGUGGGCACUGUUGGGUUCUUGUGGGCUACGAAGAAGGUAGAAGAUGGCGAUGAUAUGAACCAGGUUUAUCCUGAUGUGAACCGUAUGAGAACUGCUUUCUUGAUUCUUGGUGGAGUUUGUAUUGCUGGAAUGUUUGUGACGUAUUUCUUCACGAAGGAAACUAUGGGAAGAUCGUUAGAAGAGAAUGAGCACGAGCACGAACGAGAUAAGAAUGUUGAGGACGAAGAGAUUGGUGACGGGCAAUCCUUGGCAAGCACUUGA